AUGUUUGUAAGGCGCCUCUCAGGCUUGAUUAGGGUUCCCUCGGCCAUUGGCCGAACGGCACAGAGAAACUACUUCGCCCACACGGGAAGGCUCCUCCCGCCGCGACAUGGAACAACCAUACUGUGCGUGCGCAAGAACAACGAAGUGUGUCUAAUUGGAGAUGGCAUGGUCUCUCAAGGAACAAUGAUCGUUAAAGGGAACGCAAAAAAAAUAAGAAGGCUCAAGGACAAUAUUUUAAUGGGGUUCGCCGGGGCCACGGCCGACUGCUUCACCCUGCUGGACAAAUUCGAAACGAAAAUCGAUGAAUACCCAAAUCAACUUCUCCGCAGCUGCGUCGAACUAGCCAAGUUGUGGAGAACUGACAGGUACCUGCGACACCUGGAGGCAGUCCUAAUAGUGGCGGACAAAGACGUGCUGUUGGAGGUAACUGGUAACGGAGACGUUUUGGAACCUUCUGGAAAUGUCCUGGGCACAGGAUCAGGGGGCCCAUAUGCCAUAGCAGCAGCCAGGGCACUCUACGACGUGGAGAAUCUGAGCGCCAAGGACAUCGCCUACAAAGCAAUGAACAUAGCUGCGGACAUGUGUUGUCACACGAACAAUAAUUUUAUAUGCGAAACGCUUUGA